AUGCAACCACGCCUGCGCUAUGACGACGUCGCUUGGGAGAAAAGCGAAGCCGUCGCCGAUGGGUGGGUUCUCCAGUUUCUUGAACCCGAGGUCCUACAACCGGUUGGCAGAUUCUUGGUCAGACAACAUUGUCCUGGCGAUGCUGUUGAAUUCAGACUUCUCGAGAAAGGCGCAUACAACAUCUCUUUACAGAUGAAGUACAAGAAUGCAACCACUGCCGUAAUCCGUUUUUCACAGCCAGGUGCCACCAUGUUUCCUGAAGAGAAGGCUCGCAAUGAAGUCGCUAUCAUGCGAUAUAUCCAUGGUCAAACUUCAAUUCCUGUUCCUUUUGUCCAUUACUGGGGGACAAAGAAGGAGAGCCCUCUGGAGUUAAGCCCUUGUAUUAUUAUGGACUACAUUGACCAUGAUACAAACAUGUAUGAUGCUCUUAACACCCCUGGGUGCCCAAAGGAUGUUCGUGGAACUCUUGACCCGGACAUCAAUGAGGCAAAAUUAGGGACUGUGUACAGAGAGGUUGCAAGUAUCUUACUUCAGCUUUCUCAACCCUGUCUACCCCGGAUAGGGUCACUAGAUCAGGUUGAUGAUUUCACCUGGAAAGUGACACAUCGACCUUUAUCAAUGCCUAUGAAUACCCUGAUUCAGCUGGGAUCCUUACCCCAAUCAAAACUACCAACUACGACAUUUGACACCACGUCCUCAUACUUCGAAGCCCUAGCAGAGCUACAUAUCGCCCACCUCAUCAACCAGCGUAAUGAUGCAAUUGACUCAGCCGAAGACUGUCGACGCAAGCUGGUUGCUCGAUAUCUGUUCCACAAGCUCGCCAGACAACAUCGUUUAACAAAUCAGUUAGCGUCCUUUGAUAAAGGCCCGUUCAAACUUUGGUGCGAUGACUUCCGCCCAGCUAAUAUCCUUAUGAGCGAGCUGAAAAUCGUCGGAGUUGUAGAUUGGGAAUUCACAUAUGCUGCCCCAGCCGAAUUCACCUUUGCACCACCUUGGUGGCUGUUGAUUGAAAGGCCUGAAUACUGGCCUCGGGGCCUUGACAACUGGUGUAGCGAGUAUGAACGACGUCUUCAAACCUUUCUCAGCGCGAUGAGAUAUCAAGAGGACAGGGCAAUCGAACAGGGCAGGCUCAAGAGUACGCAGCGGCUCUCUGGCCCCAUGCAAGACAGCUGGGAGAGUGGAGACUUCUGGAUUGCGUACGCGGCGAGGAAUAACUUUGCCUUUGACUUGAUAUACUGGUACAAGAUUGAUCCGCGAUUUUUUGGGCCGACUUCUUCUCCCAUCGACGAUGUUUGGAAGCACAGGCUUGAUAUAUUAGAGCCUGAAGAGAGAGCUGAUAUCGAAAGAUUUGUGGCGAUGAAGCUCGAGCAAAUGAAGACCCGGAAAUUGGCUUGGGACCCGGACGAUUACACCAAGGAGGUCGCAGGCAAAGGCUCUGAGGAUAACGCAGCGGACGGAGAUGAGAUCGGAGGAGCCGAAGCUGGAGCGGACGACAGGUGA